AUGGAUUUACCACAUAAUCUGAGAGGUUGUUUGAAGGUCGUUUAUCUGAUACUCGCAUUCUGUUCUGCUCUUUUUCUGGGUGCUCUAAAAGGUUUUCUUGUGGGUCCUAUUGCCUGUUUGAUACUAAUAAUAGGGAAUAUUGGAGUGAUUCUUGGUUUGCUUCCUGCACAUCUUGUGUGGACAUUUUGUACCCUUGUAAAGAUUAAAAUUCUUGAUGCACCAUUCAAAGUUGCAAUCUUGUUGGCUUUGCCUGUCUUGUUUGGCAUUUGGUUGGGCUUCAGCAUAGCUGGAAGUGUUCUUGUGGGAGUUGGGUAUGGUUUCUUAACACCAUGGGUUUCUACUUUUGAGGCGUUCAGACAUGAAAAGGAAACAAAGAAGUUGCUGCACAGUGUUGUGGAUGGCACUUGGGGCACUAUUAAAGGAAGUUGUACAGUUGUUAGAGAUUUUGCAGACUUGUGUCAUCAUUCCUACCCAGUCUACUUGAAGGAAUUGCGUGAAUCCCCUGAUUCAAAUGAAGUUCAAACUCUUAGGUUAAUUCAUGUGCCUGCUUGUAUCAUAGUUGGUUUGAUGGGGCUGAUUGUGGAGAUUCCAUUGUACACUACAAUUGCUAUUGUGAAAAGUCCCUACAUGUUGUUCAAAGGGUGGUUUCGUCUUGUACAUGAUCUGAUUAGCCGGGAAGGGCCCUUUCUUGAAACAGCUUGUAUCCCUAUUGCUGGUUUGACAAUCUUGAUGUGGCCUAUUGUUGUUAUUGGAAGCGUUUUAUUGGCUGUUUUCUCUAGCUUUUUUGUUGGACUGUAUGCAUCGGCUAUUGUAUAUCAGGAAAGAUCUUUCAGAAGAGGCGUAUCUUAUGUGAUUGCAAUGGUUGCUGAAUUCGAUGAAUACACCAAUGAUUGGCUCUAUCUCUGCGAGGGGACCAUUUUUCCAAAGCCCCAAUAUCGGAACAAAAGAGUAACAACAAGAUUGCCUGAGUCUUCUUUUCGAGGGAUUCGUGUGGCUGGAGUCAAACCCCGUUCAGAUUCUACUGAAGCGCCUGCAAUGCUCAUGCCAAGUUUAGCUCAUUCAAGAUCAGUUAAAGAGACUAUACAAGAAGUGAAAAUGGUGCAGAUCUGGGGAAACAUGAUGAGAUCCUGUGAAAUUAGGGGUAAGGAAUUAUUGGAUGCUUACUUGAUAACUCCCGCUGAUCUACAUGAAUGGUUGAAAGCAAAGAACAGCAACGAAGCAGCCGCCAUAGUUGGCGUUGGCUUGCCUUGUUUCUCAUUACUGCAGGCUCUGCUCUACUCCAUCAAAGGAAAUUCGAGUGGCAUGUUGCUUCUCGAUGAUGUCGAAAUAACCCAUAUGAAUAGACCAAAGGACAAAUUGUUGGACUGGUUCUUCAAUCCUGUAAUGGUCUUAAAGGAACAGAUUAAGGCCAUAACAUUAGGAGAAAGUGAGGUGCGGUUCUUGGAGAAGGUAGUUCUUUUUGGUAGCAAUACACAACGCAUGGAAGCUUGGGAAAACGGGAGUGUAGUUCCUCAGAAUGCUCUGAGGGCUGCUCAAAUUCAGGCCAUUAGUAGAAGGAUGACUGGAAUGGUGAGAAGUGUAUCAAAGUUCCCGACUUACAGAAGGAUGUUUCGCCAAGUCGUGAAGGAUUUGGUAGCAUAUUCUUCGGAGAAGGAAGCUUCUAAUAGGUCUAGUCCUAUGAGAUCGAUCACAUCCAUUGAUAACGUGUAGGAUGUACCUUAACUCGGUGUCAUCACGUGCUUCAUGUUAAUGCUACUUUGUGAAUAUCUCUAGC